CGCGCGCUACACCACUUUCAAUGUAGUUAUUUAUGUUUCUGUGUAAAUUAAGUGAUUCGAUUCUGCUGGUUAUUUCCAAAUGAUGUGUUGGGUUAACUUAUACACAAUUGAGCAGAUAUAGUGAGGCGUUUCUGUUAAAAUAAACUAAACUAAACUAACGGAGGUUGCCUCAGAAUCUCCGACCUCGAGUUAAAGCAAGGCUUUAAGUACUAAUGACAGCUGUUUUUGGCGGCUAAGCUAAGCUAAGCUAGGCUAGCUAACUGAAAAUAGAAUAAAAGAUACCCACAAUGCUUUGCGCCUAACCGUAGUCUACAGCUGCUGCAAGGCUCAAGCGGUUCUACUGCUAAAACAAAGCUCAAACCUGACUGUUUAAACAUGACUUUAAAUGUAAGUUGUUGAACUUUUUUUGCAUUACUCUUACUAUAGUUCAUCCAACAUUAAUGCUCUGCUUUGUAAGUGGUUAUUUAAACCUUGCAAAGUAGUUUAGCUAAGAAGCUUGCUAAACUUAUCUAGCUAACGUUAGUUAAUCAAAGCUUGUAUAUUACAUCUCGUGAGUUAAGUAGUUAUUAGUUUCUUACAUAAUUUAACAAUUUAGUACCAAUUCAUAUCAUAUCAGUGUUCUUCUUGUUGGUGUCUGAGUAACUUUCUUUUUGUUUUCGUCUGCGCCUAUGACUGUAUUCACACUGCAGAGCUCUUCUUGAGGGACAAGGAUUUAUGAUCAUCAUCAUCAUGGUUUCAUAUGCAAAACUCAAGGUUGCUCUGAUCUUGUUCUCAUGAGGAUGUCUUCAGAAAACUUCUAGCAAUCAAAUGGAUGCAUUUUUGGGAACUCUUCGGGAUCAUGAUGUCAGGUAUCUAACAGAUAUCUCUGUCCUGACAUCCUGUGAGCCUGAACUCCAGGAGCUCAUGAGGCAGAUUGACAUCAUGGUGAAUCACAAGCGCAGUGAGUGGGAGGCAGAGAUACGAGCCUUGGAGCUGCGACUGAAUAAUGGUCAGGAAGAGCUCCAGUCAGCCAAAGAUCUGCUGGACAAGAGAAACUUGGAGAUGCUCAGAGUGAGAGAGGCUGUUGUCUCGUUGCUGCAGCUGCAAGACUCUGGCUUCCAGCAGUUAAGUCUGGUAGUGGAGAAGGGGUUAAUGCAGGUCCGAGUGCUUGGGAAGCAGCUCGAUGAGAUGCAGGCUGGGAAACAGGAACUGGUCACAAAGUAUGAAGGGCAGCUGCAGCAUGUGAAAGAGGAGUUGUCCAAGUUGAAGCGCAGCUAUGAGAAACUUCAGCGCAAGCAGCUAAAGGAGGCGCGAGAAGGAGCUCGAAGCCGAGAGGAGGACAAGAGUGAAGUUUUGCACCUGAACAGCAAGCUGGAGGAGUUCCGUCAACGCUCCGUGGAGUGGGAGCAGCAGCGGUUGCAGUAUCAGAGGCAGAUUGCUUCAUUAGAGGCCCAGAGGAAGACCCUGGCAGAGCAGUUCACUCAAAUGCAGUGUCAGGGCACGGCGCGGCUGCAGGAGCAGGGGGAGAUGCAGCGGUUGCGGGCACAGCUGCAGCGGGCGCAAGACUCCCUACAUGCACAAGAGCUGGAGCUGGAGAGAUUACGGCUGCUGCAGGAUGAACUGGGAGACUCUCGCAGAGAACAGCAGGUCAGCUGCGGUGCUGCAGCUCACGCUUCAUGCCAGGUUCUGAAUGAGGAGCGGGAGGAGCUGAGAGCUACACUAGAUGCUCAGGAUCAAUUUGUGAGGAGCUCAGAGCUGCAGCAACAGCAGCUGCGCAAUGAGGUGGCUCACCUUAACCAGACACUGCAGGCCAAGGAACAUGUCAUCAGAUCUCUGGAGGAGUGUCUGGCCUGCCGGGGUUCUCCAGGCCUGGCGUCUAUCAGACAGGAACUGGAGAAAGUCAUCACCAAACUUCACUGUUCUCAAACCUGUGAGGCACACCUGAAAGCCGAGGUCACCCAACUCAGAGAAAAGCUUGAAAGCAUGCGGAGGCAGAGAGCAGAAGCAAGUAAAAGAGAGCAGGAAUGGAGAAAGCUGGAGGAGGAGCAUGCUCACUCUGUGACUGAAGUCAAGCGGUUACGUGAGGAGCUCCAGCAGGCUGAGCAGACACGUUGUGCCGAGGUAGAGGCGAUGAGGAAAGAGGUGUCUCAGCUCACGAGUGAACUCCACCAGCGUGACAUCACCAUUGCUACACUUACAGGCUCCGCCUCCAGUGUAGAGCGCCAGUUGCGGGCCGAGGUGGAGCGGGCAGAGCGGCGAGCAGCAGAACUCAAGAUGACGCAAGUACAGCUAGAAACUCUAAAGCUGGAGAAUCAGCACCUGAAUGACCUGCUGGAGAGAGUUGAGUCACGGUCCCCAAAGAGGACAGAUGGGGAGCUGGCGAGUCUGAGGGACAGCUACGUAUCCUCUCUGAACAGUCUGGAGCAAGAGAAUCAGCAGCUUAGGCAGGAUCUGGCAGAGGUUCGUGCCCGUAUGGACGCCAGCAACCAGACCUGGCAGGACAAGUACGAGAGAGCACUGCUGCAGGGCCACAGCAAGAAUGCGAACACCCAUGACAGGUGUGAGGAGGAACUGAAGGCCAUGAAGAGCCGCUUGCAGGAGAACUCCUCGCACUAUGAGCUUCAGAUCCAGACACUUCUCAAGCAACUGGAGGACCUGUCAUUCUCCUCCUCCCCCCACCGACCCGAUGGCCAAUCACAGGAGAGCAGACCUGCCGUCUCACCAACACCCUCCGCUUCCUCUUCCAGAUCCUCAUCUUCCUCAGCCAGUAAAACCCGAAAGAUAGUAGCUCUGCUGAGCGCUGCAACUGAAGAGGAAAGAACACAGGGCUCGGGUUCUGCUGGAGUCCCACUGCCUUUGGAGCAUUGUGCAGGUUCUCCAGUAGGCUCUGUGACUUCUCGUUUUGUGGAAGAAGAGACACAGCGUUCUCAGGAGCUGCUGCAGCGACUGGACUUCCACAUCCAUAGCAUGAGGCAGGAGAAUGCCAAGACUGUCCGCAAGUACCUAGCCAAAGACGGCAGCCCCCGCAACCCACACUGACUCUCACUCUCUCUCUCUCUCUUACACACACACACACACACACACACACACACACACACACACACACACACACAGACACAGAGAAAGUGCCUUUUAAGAUUCAGCAUAGGAAUGUUUUUUUGUGUUCAGUGGCAUGGAGGUGAAAAUCAUUGUCAGUAAAUAUAAUUAUUGCCAAAAAAGAAAAAAAUUGCCAAACUGAUUGGAACCGCAUUUUGACUGCUGGAUGUUUGGUAACUUGUCCAGUCACACACAGCACUGAAGCUUUCAAUACCUCUGUAGCUAUUGCACUAGUGAAUGACCUGGACGUGGACCUCCAUCGUGACCUUUAACCCCUGACCACUCAUUUCCAAGAUUUCGUGUCCUGACUAUAGUCUGUCCUUUUAUUAUUUAGCACUUUAGAAUGAUGUUUUUCCAUGCCUUUCUUUGUUCACUUUUUAGCAUUCUCUCUCUCUCUCCCUCUCCCUGUUUGAUACAGUCUAUAUUUAUGUGAAACAUGUUUUUGAAUUUUCUGAUUUGGUGAAGAGCCUGAUGGAGCGACUGAAUUAAAUGAGCUUGUUUUGACAGUGUGUUUAUAGGAGUGGAUGUGUUUAUGUGGAUGAUUCAUCCUCCAUGUCACUGUGUGCUUUUGGGAGAAACGUGGUCUGCACAUAAACUCUUACAUGUGUACUCAGGGGCCGCAUCUUUGGGCAGUGCUGUAAAGCAGAGACGUCCAGGUGAUGUCAAAUACACACGCUCACACAUGCUGUUGUCUCAAUCAUUCUGAGCAGCACAGGGUAUCAAACAAAGAGCAAAAACAACAAUUUGAAAUAAUUGUAACUGUUGUUCUUUGUGUAGCAUGUGGGUUACUAGUGGUCCAGCAUCAAUGGAGAAAAAUUUAAAAGUGGCAAAAUAAAAGCUUUUAUUUAUAGAA